CAGUGAGUGUCCUAUCCAAACAUCAGUGCCAGCUGAUUUAAAGGCUUCUAUGUCCUCCUUUGCCAUCCAGGUUUCUUCCCCUACAGCAGUCCUCCCAAAUGCCUUGUUUCUUGUCCACCUUGGUGAACAAGUAUUUUUAAUUCUCAUUCACUACCUUGACCUUCCUCCCUGCUCUGCUGGAGGCUCUUUUAGCCCGUGGGGUUUGGUGGAGAUGGGACUGUGCUGCAGGGCACCUCCCUGUCCCCUAGCCCGUGUGCUCCAGGGGCUGCACAGCAUGUCACACCAGCUGUGUGCCAGCAGCUUAUCCCAGUGGUGCCUGGCCGGGCUGCUCCCCUCUAAUCCCUCCCUGUUCCGCCUCUUGGAGCAAGGGCCCAGCAAAUGCUGCUGGGAGGGGAGGAGGGGUCCCUGUCUCUCCACCUCCUUCACCCUCUGGAAAGGGGGAGAGAAGGAAAGAUGCUCCAGGGGAAGGUUGGUGUCUUGCUCUGUGAGAGGAUUUGUUACUAAAAAAAGAAGAUGCCUCAAAGACACCUUGUCUGUCAGGUGCCAUUGUGUAUCUUGGGCCACUUAAACUCCUGGUGGGAGGCCAACUGGCAGAUGUCACAGUGGUCAAGGGCUCACUUUAGAGAAGUGUCUCUCACAGUUUGAUCCUGCAGGGUGCUGGGAAGGUCAUCCUGUGAGCUGUGCUUCCCAUCCUAUAGCAAGACUGGCCCUUCUGGUGUGUGAGUGUAGCCCCAGCUGGGCACUCACUUGCCCCUGGGUGUCCCCAGGGUGCCCUGUGCCUGUGACAGACCUGUUCCUGAUGUAAAGUGAUUCAUCUGUGGGAUUUCUCUUGAUGCUCUGAAUCAAGUCUAGGGUUUAUGGGCCGUAGGAAGAGGUCAACCCAUGGUGCCAGGAGCUGCAUGUUUGAACCCCAUAGCAAUGGGCUAGCCCUGCCUUGGAGUGGGAAUCCUCUGCCUGUGUGCAGCAUCCUGCCUGGCUCUCUGGGCAGCUCAGGUCCAUCACUGGCUGGGAGGAGAGGGGGAAACACCCUGGCACGUGUUGUGGCCUCAGAAACUUUUGGCUUGUCGGCUGCACAGUCUGUGAUUGUGGGUCAGAGAGUUGUUCUGGGGUCUCUUUGGGUUUGGGCUCUGCAUGGGUCUCUUCCGUAUGGAAGCAUAAGGUCAUGUGUCCAACACUUUUAUGUCCCAUGUAUUUUUAAAAGAUAAUGCUCUUGUGGAUGUUGGGGGCUUAGGGAUUUUCCCAAAGUCCUCUUAAAAUAGUUGGUGGCUGCUGUAGGAUCAAUGCGCAGCCUCCAGGCUGAGCCUCACCCUUUGAACUAUGAUAUGAACCCAGAUUGUUACUGCUGGAACUAUGGUGGCCCAAAAAGUGCCUGAGCUGCAGUCAGGUCAGGCUGGAAAAAUGCUUUUAGUUAUGUAAUUAUUAUAGGCUAUAUGACUGUGCCCCUGAAACCUCUCCUUAGGGAUGAGGGCUUGAGAUGGGGUGUGUGGGACUAACGCUGCUCAUCCCUUCACUUGUGUGCCCUCCCUCCUCCUGAGCUGUUUGUCAAGCACAGCAGAGAGCUGUAGCAGUGAAGCCUGAGGGCUGGUUUAAGAAAAACAAAGCCUGGUCCUGUGAUCGCUGUGCUCUCUUAAUUGCCUGGGUAAUGAGCUGCCCUCGAGAAGCAAUUUAAGGUGGAGAAUUCUUGUAACUUCUCUAGGUAGGCAAUUUUCCUGCUGUGCGCUUUCCUUGCCAAGUGUUUUUCCCUGAUUCAGGAAAGUAGCUGGUGAGAAGCUGUUGGAGCUCCCUGGGGCUCACGGUAGGCUGCUUAUGAGCAACUGGGCUGUCUCAGGGCUCCUGCAGAGGCAGGCAGGAGAGCAGGACUGGGAAGAAACUCCAGGCUGAGGCUUUGAGCUGGGAUGAUCCUUCCUGGUCUGGUGGAAGGUGUCCCUGUCCACAGUAGGGGAGUGGAACCAGGUGGUGUUUGAAGUCCCUUCCAACCCAAACCAUUCCAUGAUGGACACUAAAGCUCCUGAGGGAGGAGCACUGAGAGAGGGAGGGUUCAAACAGUGAUGAUGCUGCAGAAGAAGGAAAAUCUGGCAGGUCCUUGUCAUCUUUGUCCUUGUUUAAACUACUGCACGUGCUUCUCCCGUUGAGACCCAAGUGACACAACCAAAAGCUACAUGUAGUCAGGGCUUUCUUGCUUCUAAAAGUGCAGUGAGAUCUUUUAAGAGGCCAUCCAUUAUUAACCACAAGUGUUCUUGGAAAGCAGGGCAUCCACACCAUUCAGGCAGGGAUAAAUAAUGCAUCUGUUUAAUGAAAUUUUUGCCAACAGGGAGCUGUGGCAAGUAAAGUAAGUAAAACCUUGGUAUCCAUUAUGAAUUAACAAAUGGGAAGUCAGGAAGUAUUUGCCAGUGGCUGAAAAAUGGGCUUUGAACACAACUGAUGGUUCAGCAAGGCAGGGAAAAGAUGGCUCUGUAGCCUGGUGUCAGCAAACCUGUGCCCACUUCCCUCACCAUUUACAUGAUGUUUUCUAAAUUUCCAAUAUUUUCUCUCUUACUAACAAUAAAAUGUAGGAAAAAGCAAUGUUGAGGGGCUAUUUGAUGUGAGGAGGGUGUACAGAGCUGCAGGUCCCUCUGCCCAUGAGCAAGGAGAAGCUGGAGAAGUGGAUGGGAAAGGGAGAUCUGGAGAUCCAUUUGUGGGAGUAGAGACUUUUCCAGUCUCUCUGAGGUAAGACCAGUUCUUUGGGGGUUUGGCACAAAUGAUGGAAAGAGAGAGAUGGAUAAACGGCAGUUUUGUUAAGAAAUCAAUCAAUCAAUCCUUCCCCCAGAGUGGCUUGUGAGUGCUGGGGUGUCUGGCAGAAGGCUUGUAGGGAGCACCAUUACCAAAAUCCUUCUCUGUCCCCUCUCCACAACCUGCUCAGACUGACAGUGGCCAUACAGGUGGCCCAGCCCUCUCCUGCAGCUCUUGAAGAGUCAGGAAGCAGUUUGGUUUCCUUCUCCUUCAUCAACACCUGGAGCAGGUUUGGGAUUGAGUUGUUUAAUUUUUCUCCUUUGGAGUCAAUGGCUGAUGGAAACCCUGCUGCCACCAGGAGCUUUUGCUGUGUGCAAGGAAGGGGCCUGGGAGAUAUCCUCUGAAAAAUGUUAAUUCCUGCUUGGUGCUGCAGGGAUUUCCCAGGUCUGCAAAGCCCUGGCAGGUUCAGGAGUUCACUGGCAAACUUGGUAGGCAGCAAGGUGUCCCUGCAGCACCACAUGAAACAGAUUCUCAGGCUGGAAAGCACCGGGAGAUGGAGGGGAGGGAGGAAACCCACCCCUGGUGGCCCCUCCUGGCAGCAGAGAGCUGGUGAGGAUGGCCAUGGGGCAGGGAGCAUCGUCCUCCUGUGGAGAGGCAGCUGUGGGCAGGCAGCUUGUUCCCCAGAGAUGUGAGAGAUUUUCUUCCUCUCAGCUAAAAGGCUUUUUGUGGCCAAACAGCCUGCAGGGCCUGGCAGGAGCUGUUUCUUGGAAGAAAUAGCAUGAAAGUUGUGCAAGCCUCGCUGCUUUCAGGUGACCAGCUUCUCACCUUUCUCACCUCCAGCAACAAAGGUGACACUGGUGGCCAGAGGGAGGGAGCCCAGGAAAAGCCACUUCUCAUCUUUUCAUUCUCCUCUUUUUUUCCUGCAAGUGCCUGUCCCCAGCUCUGCAGUGGGGCAAAGGCUGCUGGUUUUGCUGCCCUGGUGAAGGAGUGUGCUGUGCCUGGGGUGUAUCCCGCCUUUCCCAGUGCCCAGCUCCAGGCGGGAUGCACGCAGCAGAGAGGAUGUGGCGGUUUCCUGGCUCCUUCUGCUCCGUCAGCCUGAUGUGCUGUGACAGUUCUGCUGAAUUGCUGACCCCAGGGGCUGCACGGGGCUAUUUAUGGGCACACAAAGCUGGGGGACACCAGGCUGGAUGCCAGCCUGGUGUGGCCACAGGCAAGAGCCCGUCCUCUUUGGGGAUCCUUGGGUGGCUCGGGUGGGAAAGGCGCUGUUUGGUGAAGCUCAUGGGGGAGCCUCCAUUGGAAUUCUGAUUUAUCCCUCAAACCCUGGUGGUUGGAUCCUGUUUGGUGGCAGACAUCCUCAUGAAGGAUAGCGGGCUGUCCUCUGCUGUUAAUGUGUCUCCUCUGGCCCCACAGCCCAGAUGCUGAUACUAAAGCCAGUUUUUAGGCAGAGGUUGAGAUCAAGAUUUCCUUUUGCAGGGAUGAUAUCAAACCAUUAAACCAGAGGGCAGCACCUUUAGCUGCUCUCCUGUCAGCCAGGUUUAUUUUUGUCUCUCACCUCCAGCGCAGCAGGCUGGGAGCUCACGGAGGACUGGAGUCCUUUAAUAAUUCAUAGCUCCCUCAUUUUGCUCCCAGCGAUCAGAAAGCAAGCUGCUGAAAGGCCCUGGCACAAACCUGCUCCAUCCCCACCACAGGGCCCUGCCUGGGUGUUGUGGCCUCUCUCAUGCUGUUCUGCCCCAUGGCCUGUCCCUCCCUGAGAUUUUAUGAGUGCUCCAGUCUGGACAGGGGACCCAGGGUGGGAAGGGGUGAGGCCACAGCAGCCUGUGUGUGUCCGCCCCAGCUGGCUCGGGCCUGACCCACGGUUGUACAAACACGUGCUGUAACCUCAGUCCUGGUGUCAGCCCAUCCCUGGCCAGCUCCUGAAAUAGUCUGCGCAGGCUGAGCUUGGGGAAUUCUCCAGAGCUCCCAUAAGCAGCGGGAUUGCUGCUGUGUCAGGUGCUUUUCUGUAAGUAUUAGAACUGGGCUGUGCUUUGCCUUUGGUUAUGGAGCAGCGUCAAUCUUUGGGAUGGUCCUGUGCCUGGUGGAAGAACUUUGUCACCAAAACCUGAGUCUGGAACAUCUGCCUUUUGCAGCAUCUGAGAUCCUUCAGGAUUAGCCCCAUGUAGAUGGAGGAGCUGAGUUUCAGCAGCUGCUUUAGCAAAGCACAGGGAGAGCAGAGCCUGUCACAGAGCCUGGCUUUGUUUAUGUGCUGGUGGCUGUUACCUCCUGACUUGCUGUCCAAUUGCUUCCAGAGUCCACUUGCUGCUCCCAACACCUCUGAGCUUGGCAGUCCUCCUGCUGUCCAGGAGCUGGCAAAGGCAGAUCCAGGAGAGCUCUUGCUCCCUCUGUGAGCUGGCAGACCACAGUAGUGCUGCAGCUGGUGUUUCACACCUUUCCUCCCAGAUCCCAGUGGGAGUAGCAGGUUUACCAGCGGCCAAAUGCUGUCCUCUGUCCUUGUGGUGCUGGCAAGAGGCUUCCCAGCUUUCCUGCGAGCUCCUCUGUCCUCUGGACAGGCCUGCCAUGCACAGGCCUGUUGUCAUCUCACCCUUUAAUUUUUAUCCACGCCAAAAUGUCCCCAGGAAUUGUUCUCUUGGGGAGUACAGAACAAAAUUUACAGGCACAUCCCUCAGUUCAGCUGAGUGACAGAGUCCCUCAUGCAUGUGGAUUGUGCAUGGACCACUAUAUUAGAUCUUGGGUGUCUGUCUGGAUCCGUGUGUUUUCUAUGUUGUUUUUCUCCCACUGUGAGCCGUGGCUUGCCUUAAUUUGGUUGAGUAAACCCACUUGGUUGCUGAACUGUAACGAGACAUUGACUGUGUCCUUCAAAAUGGCACAUUCCUGAUACUGGGAUUUCCUGCAAUGCCUCCUGUGUAGGGCAGACUUCUGCUGGUGUUGCCAGCAUGUGGCCAGGAAGGCCAUGGUAUGGCCACAAGGCCAGAGCAGUGACUGUCCCCUGUGCUGAGCAUUCCUGAGGCCACAUCUUGAAUCCUGUGUUCAAUUUUGGCCCCUCACAAUAUGAAAGACAUUGAAGGGCUGGAGCAUGUCCUGUGAAGGGAGCAGAGCUUGGGAAGGUCUGGAGCACAAAUCUGACGAGGAAAGCUGAGGGAGCUGGGAAAGGGGGUCAGCCUGGAGAAAAGGACGCUCAGAAGGGGCCUUCUUGUUCCCCACAACUCCCUGACUGGUGAGGGCUGGGCUCUGCUUCCCAGCACCAAGGAACAGGACAAGAGGAAAUGGCCUCAAGCUGUGCCAGGGCAGGUUCAGUUUGGGUGUUGGGAAGAAUUUCCUCACAAAAGAAGUCAGGCAUAAAACCAGGCUGCCCAGGGCAGUGAUGGAUGCACUGUCCUGGGAAGUGUUCGGAAGACCCAUGAAUGUCAACACUUGCAGACAUGGUUCAGCGGUGGUCUUGGCAGUGCUGGGGAAAGACCAGCGCUAUGAUCUUUCCCCAACUUCAAUGAUUCCAUAAUUAUAUUAUUCUGAUGCCUACCUGCUUUAAGAAUCCCUGGCUUUAACUGCUUUUUACUUAUAGGUUAUUAAAAGGGGGGCAGAAGGAGUGGGGGAAAAAAACUCCAGACUGAAACAGUUGAGGGGUGGGGAAACAUCCUGUUAAAAUCAACUCUUGUGAGGGGUGAAGCAAAGGGCUGUGGCUGGAUGGUGGCUUCCCCUGCACUGUUCAGCUUGCAGCAUUCCGGCUGUGGCAGUUUGUUCCUGCAGCACUGAUGUCCCUUCCCUUCUCUUGGUGUAGUUGCUCUGAAGAAUCCUGGUGCCAAAGAAGCCCAGAGGGACGGAGCUUAUGGCACUGGACCAGCUCUGGACUCAGCAACUGUUCCAGAGGGUGAGCUGCUCCUACAGGUUAGUGCUCCUCAAAAAUGCCUUCACUGGAUCUUCCUCUUGUCCCUUUUCCAACUCCUUUGAGUUGUGCUCCAAAACCAGGCUGUUCUUUCACUCAUGGCAGGUGAUUUGUGAUUUCAUAUGGUGUAGCUCACUGAGCUUCUCACUGGGCAGAAGUUUAUGACCUCCAAAGGUCCCUAGGGAAGAAACUGUUGCUCCUUCCCUGCUUUUUUCAUUAUUCCUAGAAAACGUUUCCAUUUUUAAGUAGUCCAUAUGUAAGGAACAUCUUGCUGGAUUUCUGAGCAUGGUGAUUGAUCUUUCCUGCUUCUCUGCCCUCAUGUCUAAGUGUGCCAGAGGUGUAAUGUGAGAACCAAACUGAGCAAAGUGAUUGAGUGCAGUUUUCAACGUGGGCACACUGAUCCCAACUCGAGGCUUUUGUCCAAACACUGGUGUAAACAGGGAGCAGAACAUUGUGGGAGUCUCCCCUGAUUUUGAGGAGGUUAUGUGUGAUGCUGAGCACACAGAUAGGUGCUCAUCCCUUAAACACAGGGUAGGUGGGUGUGUCCCAGGAGCUCUAGUUUUCCCUAGUGGUCUUUGGUGAUGCUGGAGACAAGGCUGGUGGUGCUGCAGCUGCCAUGGUUUGUUCAGAGGUGCCAGACCUUCUGUCCCCAAACUGUGUGCAGAGAAUGGGAAGAGGUCACACGCUGGCAGCACGAGGUCCUGCAAGGACACAGGUCUGCCAUCCCCUGCCUGGCACCUGGGCACAGGCUGCGGCACUGUCCCCUGCCUGCCUGGCUGUUCUCCAGCACUGGCUGAGCAUGCUGGGCAGCCCCAGCUCCCGUCCAAGCACUCACUCAGCACAAAGUGUAAUUACUGUCCUGCCGAGAGCUUGAGGAUCUCUGAGGAUCUGUGUCUGGUGGGAGAAGUGCUAAAUGCAGCCUGGUUAAUAACCAGAAACCUGAGGGUUUUCCCUCAGCAUAUAACAAAACGGCUCGGCAGGGCUUGCUGGGGGUUGAUGUCCUGCUCAUCAGCUCCUCCCACAGCUGGGUACCAUCCUUUUAGAGGUGCCAGACUGGUCUGAAAAGCUGGUUCAGCUCUCUCGGGGUCUGGUCUGUCUGUGUGACCCUGGAUGUGGCAGGAGCUCAGAAUCUGUCUCUGUACCCCCACGAAGGAAACAUUCCUCCACCUGGUCUGUCACCUGUGAUGGCCAAACUUCUUUUGUUUCUUUGUCUGCUCUGAUUUUUCCCCUCUCUUCCUCUGAAACUGCUCAAAGGGUUAAAGUGCAUUUGGCAGCACUAAUUAACCUCUGCAGCAGAUUCCCACACACUGAGAUCAACCCCAGUACACAGAGAGAGCAUUUGUGCCUGGAAUAAAGGGAAGGAGAGGGGGGAGAAACUCUGACCUGGACAAUGAAACAGGAGUUGGCAGCAACAAUAACUAGACUUGGCUGGGACUACAUGCCAGGCCCUAAUUAAUGCUGAUGUCUGUACAUUAUGAAGUGGGGGAAGCAGGCCAGGGCUGGCUACUGUGACUUCCCUGCCAGGUUAGUGGUACAGGAUGGCUUUGGCUCUGAAAAGCCACAGGGCCCAAACUGCAGGAUCCCUGCCUUCCAGAGAGGUCCUGCUUCGUGCUGCCAGAGUGUCCCUUGGAGGAUCUGUUCCCCUUAGGGAGGAGUGGCCAUGUGGUGGUGAAAGCUCUUCAGUUUCUGGGAAGAUAAACCAAUGAUUUUAAUGGGGUUUCACUGCCUUUGCUCUUGGGCAGCACCAUGGGCACCAAGGUCUCUGCUGGGUGGCUUGGGAUUUUCAAAGUUGGGGACACUGAGCUACAGAGUGAUGUCUGGCAGCUGGGCUCAGGGGGUACUGCAGGGGGAUGGCAAGGUCUCCAGUGCCCUGGGCUCUGUGCCACAGAGGCUUGCAAGGGUUGGUGCUGUGCCUGUGGCACUUGAUGGCGCUUCCCUGGAUUCUGUCAGUGCCUGUGUCAGCAGUGUUCUACCUGCUGCCAGUGAGCAGGGAUGGAAAGCCAGAGCUCCUGCAAAGGAGCUGCACUCCUGGACUGGUAGGGAAGCUUCUCUGCCCCGUCUAGUCUUCUGCAGGUGUAAAGGACACUGUCAUCCAGCACCCUGGUCCCUUCUCUUGUGUCCUGUCCUGCCAGCUGUGAGGUUUUUAGCUCAGGGAAAACACCCAAAUUGCUUCCCAAAUUUAUGAAACCAGUAGCAAUGAGCCCCUCUUGAGUAAGACGGAGGCUCUGAUCAGCUCAGCCUAUUCCUGCCAAGAAACCCUGUGCUCCCUUGAAUAUCAACUUUGCAAUCCUGAAGCUUGAGGAGUGGAUGGAAGGGCCAGUAAACUGUGAAGUGUGUAACACUGUCUAAGUGUGUAAGAUUAAAAAUGCAAUGGAAACUUCAGAUUGAUGGCUGCAUUUGCCCUUCUCUGUGGGGAGGGCUUGGGGCUUCAAAUCCACACAGGCACAGCAGCUUUGGGUAUUUGGUUUGUGAAAACAGAGCACAGCGUUCAACCUAAGGGGUGUGGGGUCUGCAUGAACCAGGUGGUGUUCCAGAGGAAGUGAUCUUGGAGGUGGUGAUCUUAGAGGGAUUCUCCAGCCUAAAUGAUUCUGCAAUGUAUUGGCAGAAAGGAAAAGGUGCUCUGGGGUCACCCACGGAUUUUGUAGUUUUUCCCCCAAGUUCAGGCACCAGAUUCAGCCUGAAUUUCCUGCUGCUUUGGAAGAAAGUGGCUUUUCAGAAAUCAGAUUGUUUUUGCUGCAAUUUCAAAUCCAAACCCUUGUGCUUUAGCUUUUGGCUUUUCCAUUUCCACUGGUUCAGGCCCUUUCAGCACUGGCCAGCUUGAGGAGAGAAUGGGCAGCAGAGACAACACCUUCCUUGGCCUUGCUCCUUGCCCACAGACAGUCCAGGCAUUCCAUGGUCCUUCUCCAGGCCACUCCUUUGGAGCCUGGGAUGGCCACACACGGCUGCCAAGGCCCUCAAGGCUGUUGGAAAGGCUCAUUUCCACCACAAUGGACCUGUUUCUGGUGGUGUCUGCUUUCAUAGUGCAAGAAGUUCAGAGGCUUUUAUCUGCUCCCUGCACAGGAUGAUGAUAAAUGUCCAAAGCUGAGUCUGAGUGAAUGCUCCCAGGAUGGAAGCACAAUUUUCCAUCAGUUUGGAUUAGGAUAUUCCCAGGCAGCUAUGUGGAGGAGCUGUGUGAGCUCAGAUAGGCCAUCUGUGGUGGCUCAGCUGCCUGCUAGCCAGGCUUUGGUGCCCAGUGUCCUGCUGUAAAAGUGCAGUGGUCGUGGCCUGUAGCUGCUGAUCUCCUCUCUCCUACAGGCACUCAAUGGCUUCGUGCUGGUGGUGACAUCAGAAGGGCUGAUAUUUUACUCCUCGCAUACCAUCCAGGACUAUCUGGGAUUUCAUCAGGUGGGACAUGAAAACUGGCACUGGGGACGGGCUGCUGAGCUUACAGAUGGCGUGUCCCCUCUAGACAGAUGUGAUGCACCAGAGUGUCUUCGAGCUCAUCCACACUGAGGACCAGCCGGAGUUCAGACGCAACCUCCGCUGGGCCCUGGACCUGCCACACGCUGCCGAGGGUGAGCCUUUUCCAGCAGCAGGGAAGAGUCUUAGCUCUUCUGCUGUCAUCUACAAGCCAGAUCAGCUGCCCCCAGAAGACUCCUCCUUCCUGGAGAGGAGCUUUGUGUGCCGCUUUCGCUGCCUACUGGAUAAUUCCUCCGGCUUCCUGGCUUUGAACCUUCAAGGCAGGCUGAAAUUCCUUCAUGGGCAGAGCAAAAGGUCUGAAGAUGGCUCUGUCCUGCCCCCCCAGCUCGCUCUGUUCGCCAUCUCCACACCCCUGCAGCCCCCGUCCAUCCUGCAGAUCCGAACCAAGAACAUGAUCUUCAGGACCAAGCACAAGCUGGACUUCACCCCCUUGGCGUGCGAUGCCAAGGGGAAGGUUGUCCUGGGCUACACCGAGGCAGAGCUGCGGAUGUGUGGCACCGGGUACCAGUUUGUCCACGCUGCUGACAUGUUGUACUGUGCUGAGAACCACGUCAGGAUGAUGAAGACGGGGGAGAGCGGCCUGACGGUGUUCCGGCUGCUGACCAAGGACAACCGCUGGAAGUGGGUGCAGGCCAACGCCCGGCUCGUCUACAGGAGCGGCAAGCCCGAGUACAUCGUGGUCACACAGAGACCCCUCGUAGAUGAAGAAGGAGGAGAGCACCUUCGGAAGCGGUCCAUGCAUCUUCCCUUCACCUUUGCCACAGGAGAGGCACUUCUGUACCAAAGUACUCACCCUCUCCCAGGCUUCCCUGACCUUUUCCAGAGCAAAGGGAAACUCGCCAAGUCCAAGAGGCCCUCCUCCUGCAGCCACAUAGGGCGCUCCCGGAAGAAUGGCAUUGACCCCAGGUCUCUGCUGGGUGCUGUGAUGCAGCAGGACAAGGCGGUGUACACCUCCCACUCAGCUCCCAUUCCAAACCCUUCCUUCAGCAGCACUCUCCAGCUCGAGGGUUUGUCCUUGCCAGGUGCAGGAGGGGAUGUCUGCAGUAUGGACACAACUCCAGCUUCUUCAAGGGGCAACAGCCUCCAAGAGAAGCUGCUGGAUUUGCAGCAGGACGACCCUCUCUUGGACACCAUGGGCUUGCUUUCAAUUAAGAGUGACCAGAGCUGUUCCAAUGAGCUCUUCAGGGCUUUAGAGGGCCUGGGCUUGAAUGCUGAGGACCUGGAGCUCCUGCUGCUGAAUGAGAAAAUGGUGAUGGUCAGUACGGACCCAGACCAGUCCCCAUCCCUGAACAACAGCCUGGCCAGCAACCCAAUUCUCUGUGUCCCCAGCCCUCCAGUGGAUGGGUAUGAGGGAGGGCAGCAGCUCUGUCCCCUGCCAGACAUGGCCCCCAGCCCACAGGGAGGCACUGCUCCAAGCCACACAGAGAGCAAGGACUCGAGGUGCCACCUGGCACAGCAUGCAGAGCAGCCCAGCACUGCCCUGCCCCAGCCCCCCGUCCUGCUGUGGGAGCAGCCCCUCAGUGCUGUGCCAGGGCUGCUCCCAGAGCUGGCUGAGCAGGAAGAGCUGUCCAGUGGCUCCCAGUGGAGACCAGCUGGGGAGGACACUCUGCUCCACUCCUUCCAGCCAGUGCAGGGCACCCCAUGGCACAGGACCCCCAGCUCAGCCCCAGGAGAUCCCAACCCACAGGAGCCACCCAGGGCCCAGCAGCUGCAGGGAGACUUCUCAGCCGUGCAGCCCCUCCAAGAGGAUAUCUACCAGCCCUUCUCCCUGCCCAGCCAGUGCCAGGACCUCGUGGCACCACCCAGCCAGCCCAAGCACCAUCACUUGCUGGUGAACAGGGUAUGUGGCCACAGCCCUAGCUCUUCUCCCUCCCCCAGCCCAUGGCAGGACUGUGUGUGCCCGCUGCUGCAGUCUCCAGCUCAGCCUGGUGUUCGUGGCCUCAGCAACAACGUGAUCUCCCAGCCCCAAGGCUGCUUGGGCCCCAGGCCUGGCGUGCCCCCACAGCAUUUUAACCUGAAUGGAUUGUGCAGUGUGGAUGCUGCUGGCACUGAGGACUCCUGGGAAGAGAUGGCUCCAUACCCCAGGUUUUUUCCCCCUUUCUACCAGCUCAUUCCUGAAAAGCAGCUGAGCUCUGUUCUUUCCAUGCCUCAACGCUCUUCCCCCAGCUCAGCUGCAGGGCACUUUGGGAGCAUCAGCAGCCCUCUGGAGACACUGAAUUCCUAUGGGACACCUGGCUCUGCGCGGCACCAGGAGGGCAGGCACAGGCCCUGCAGCAGCUGUGGUUUGCCCAGCUGUCCCAUGGGACUGCCCCAAGACCAUCCAGUGCUGGGGGGAAGCCUGGCACUGCCCUGCCAGCCUCAGCCCCGGGCAGAAGUGCUGCCAGAUCCCCCUCAUGCCUCCAGGGGGGACUUGUAUCUCUAGGAGAGACAGGAAUGGACAAAGCAGGACUUUACCCUGGAGAAGGAGCUACCUUCAAGGUGCAGAUAACAAACCUUCCCCACUGCUGCGCACAUCCUGCCAGUACUAUUGAUGUUGGUUGCUUUGCCUCACCUGGGGUUUUAUCUCCACUUCCCACCGUCCUGCUCCCUUUGUGCUGGUGUCCCUGGGGUGGGGAGGGUCAGCAGCAGGCAGCAGGGCUGGAGGACAGAUUUCCCAGGGCGCUGGAGCAGGCUGAGCUGUGGUUGCAGCCCAGCCCAUGAGUGCAACCAAAGCUUCACCAAAGCUUUGUAUUUACGUGCGUGAUCCAGCAUGGAUACCAGCCUCAUGAAAGCCUGUCCUACAGAAAGACCCAGAAAAUGUUUUCACCUCUGGUAUUAAAUUUCCUGCCAUCACAGUCAGGUACCUGUGGCUGUGGCCAUGUUGUACAGAUAUUGCCUGUUUUAUAAGGAAAAUGUGCGCUGUGUUGUCUUGUGUUGCUCUGGUCCUUCCCCAUCCCAGCAUUCCCUGUGUCCUGGGUGUUCCAGUGUUUGGGAUCCAGGUUAGAGCUCCUGUAGCAAACACCCUGGGCUUUGCUGUACUGUACAAGACAUCCUGAGAUUGGCUGCCAAACUGGUUUUCUCUGGGUGCUGGCCUCUCAGGUACCCUCAGACUUCAAGUCUCAAAGUCUUCAGCUAAAAACCAGAAAUUUAAAUAAGAUAAAUAAAAUAAAUGUAACGCUACUUAAUUGUAAGUACUGGGAGUGAUUUUUUUCUCACAAGAAAAACCCAAAAAAAACCACAGCCCAUAUGUGUGUAUUUAAUGAGUUGACAGAUUUAUUUUUAUGCUGCUCCAAUGGAAGGAAAAAAACAACCUCUUACCAUCCCAAAGCAGCACCUGUGGAAUGGAAUAAAAAGGUUGCUUAAGGAUCAGAAACACAGCGACCCUUUAAGAAACCUGACAAAGCUCAUCCCUCCUCCUGCUUGCCCAGCUUUGGAUUCAUGUGAAUUCCUAUUGGUUUUGCUUCAAUAAAUGGUUUUGGAGUUCCUCCCUGCUGUU